AUGGCUGUCGUCACGAGAGGCGCCGCGUCCCUGCCCCUCGUCUUGCUGCUCCUACUAGUCUUCUUCUUCGCGGCCCCGUCGCCGGCUGACGGCUGCGACCGCUGCGUGCGCCGCUCCAAGGCCACCUACCAGGCCUCCUCGCUCGCCCUCAACGCCGGUUCGUGCGGGUACGGCUCCUUGGCCGCGUCCUUCAACGGCGGCUUCCUCGCCGCGGCCAGCCCCGAGCUGUACAGGGGCGGCGUCGCCUGCGGUGCCUGCUUCCAGGUGCGGUGCAGGGACACCGAGCUGUGCAGCGCGGCGGGCGCGAAAGUCGUGGUGACGGACCAGGCGCGGACGACGUCGAACCGCACGGGCCUGGUGCUGAGCGCCGCGGCGUACGCGGCCAUGGCCACCAGCGCCGGCAAGGCCGCGCGGCUCAGGGGCCGGCGCGUCGUCGACGUCGAGUACAAGAGGAUACCCUGCGAGUACGCGAAGGACCGCAACCUGUCGAUACGCGUGGUGGAGAAGAGCCGGCCGCCGAGCAACCUAUCCAUCAGGUUCCUGUACCAGGGCGGCCAGACCGACAUCGUCGCCGUCGACGUCGCCACCGUCGGGUCGUCCAACUGGCGGUUCAUGACGCGGGACCACGGGCCGGCGUGGAGCACGGCGCAGGCGCCGGCGGGGCCGCUGCAGCUCCGGCUGGUGGUGACCGGCGGCUACGACGGCAAGUGGGUGUGGGCGGAGUCGGAGGUGCUGCCGCGCCGGUGGGAGGCCGGCCGCGUCUACGACACCGGGGUGCAGGUCUCCGACGUCGCGCAGGAAGGCUGCUACCCCUGCGACACGCACGAGUGGCAGUGA